UGGUAAACACCAGCUUCAGGCUGUAUGUCCGGAAUAUAUAUCUGACAAGGGGUGUUAACACAUAGUAGCUAUAACGUGAUCCAAUAUCGUCCAGCAGAAAGCAGAGACGUAUUCGUCCUCCCUGUACACCCAUGCACGGAGAAACACAAUAAUUAAUCUGGAUACCUGUGACGUGAUUACAUCAGGCACCUCUUUUGUUCCGUUUGGUGGUAUUUUAAAUCUCACAGGUGAAAGCGUAAGACAGUCUGGCACAUGUGCUUAAGGAUCAAGUCUGUUUAUGGGGAAAUUCCCCUAAAGUGGACAAACGGAAUGUGACAGCCCGUGGUUUGGUGAAAUUGUUUGCCGACAUAAAACGUUGAUCUGGCCUGUUGAUACCAAAAAGUGUACGGGACACCAGACGAGGAAACUAUUGACUGUGAAACUCCCAACAAACCAGACGCGAUCACAACACCACAGGAUUGACCAUUAAUGAAAAGCAAAGACGUGGAAACCGCGAGAGUGAAACAGACAAUAACUUCUCUAUGAUGUAGAACGCUGCAUUGUGUCAAACAUCGCCGGGGACCACAUCAACCUGUAUAGUCAACACGCAUAAGGUAUCUCUACCUUAACGUAAUAUCGAUUUGGCACUAGGGCAUAGGAAAGACGUGAAUGUGUUACCUGUAUAAUAAAUCCCAGCCCGGAUCACAGAAAGAGGACCACUGCCAUCGAUAUACACUUACUAUUAAAAUUCACUUUACACGUGCUGUGAACAUCAAAAAUACUGAAGUGAGAAAGUUCAAUAAGUUAUCUGGCGUGCUUUUGAUUGGUUUCGUUGAUGGCUGUAGCGUUGAUGUUAUUAAUCUGGAUGUAAUCUCUUGUCAGUUAACACAUUCACAAUAACUGGAAUUUGUAUUAAAAUCGAACGUUCGGAACACAUUUGCAAUACCUGGAAUAUUGUGAACAGUACAACGUUGGGAAUGUAUGCCUGAAUCCUGCAUUGGUGUGUGACAAUUUGUGAAAGCAUUAUGUUAAAAGGAUUCACCAACGGUAGGAUUUAUAUCUACAUUAAGUAGGUUUACCGUGGACGUGUGUUGUGUUUGUAGUGCUAGGACUAAACCAGAUCUACUGUGUAAGUGAUAUAGUGCUAGUACUAAACUAGUUCUACUGUGUAAGUCCUAUAGUGCUAGGACUAAACGAGAUCUACUGUGUAAGUGAUAUAGUGCUAGGCCUAAACUAGUUCUACUGUGAAAGGGAUAUAGUGCUAGGACUAGACUAGUUCUACUGUGUAAGUACUAUAGUGCUAGGACUAAACUAGUUCUACUGUGAAAGUGAUAUAGUGCUAGGACUAUGCCGUGUUUGACCGCCUGUUCUGUAUCCGUGAUGACUGACCACGACAAAAAGAGUGGGCGGGUCUGUACUACCAAGGGGCUUCUGUGCGCCUUUGUCGGAUUGUGUGUCGUCAUGUUCGCCAGUGUGUUUGUUUACUGGUAUCAAGUUAACGAAAUAUUCACGCUGUCUGUGCAGCUGACUGACAACGUUAAGGAAUUCUAUGAAAAGGACGCCAAAGCGUUACUGAGAGUUCUUAAACUGUCGGAAUUAAGUAACGGAGAGGUGACGCCUGACUUAACGCCAGAUGUUAGCAGAUUGGUGUCCACGGACAUAUCCGAUCGUCCUGACAACUGUAAAACAUGUUUCAAUCAUAACUUUAAUUACGUGUUAGACAACGACCAAAUUUGUGAUCGUAAUGACACAUCCCCUGAAAUAGAUGUCGUCAUUCUGAUAUUUACAGUUCACAAGAACAGACUACAGAGGGAAACCAUACGUAACACAUGGCUAACGUAUGCUAAAAAUAACUCUUUGGAUUCAAACAUUCGGUAUGCCUUCCUACUAGGAGCUCCUGCUAAUCCAGAAAUGGAUGAACAAGUAAGAGAAGAAUUUAUAGUGUUCAGAGAUAUUCUUCAGGAAGACUUCAAGGAUGCUUACAGUAACUUGACGUACAAAACCAUGAUGGCGUACAAAUGGGCCAGCACCAAAUGUAAGCACGCGAAAUUUGUGAUGAAAACUGAUGAUGAUAUGUAUGUCAACAUUCCAAAUAUUCUUAAAACAUUAAACACUAACAAAGACAAGCUACAGACACAUGUAGGCGGAGUGUGUCAUCAGACGGCUAAACCGAUCCGGGACCGCCGAUCUAAAUGGUAUGCAUCAAAGAAAAGUUUUCCUGGGAGUGAUUAUCCGGGAUUUUGUUCCGGUACCGGGUACGUUACUAGUAUGAACGUGGCUACAAAGGUGUUUGAAAUGUCCAAACAUGUACCAUUUUUCCACCUUGAAGAUGUGUAUGUUUCGCUCUGCAUAAAAAAACUUGGAUACAGCCUAUUGGCUAUCCCAGGGUUCAAUGGUGGGAGAUUUGCAGCUGAUCCCUGCAUAUACCACGGUAGCACCAUGAUGACGUCACAUGAAGUUCCACCGGAUAUGAUGAAAAAGUUAUGGUUUGGAAAAUGCAAAAAACUUGGCUGAUUUGGAUUUACAUUAAGUUUCUUCUACAAAGUGUUAGAAUUUUAUAUUGUAAAGAGCAUUCAGAAAUAUAUUGAUAAGGAGAACUAAAAUGUUCAGACGGGUAACUGGAUUGAUUAUAAACGAUGGACAUAAUGUGUCUGUAAAAACUACCAUUAAGCCAUCAUAAGAGGUUCCUCCCCUCCGCCGUACACAAGUGAAACCUAUAAACACUGUGGUGCUACAUUUGGUGGCUUUUGUAAGCAAUAUUUUAGUUUAUUAUUGAUUUAAUGUUUAUGUUAUUUCCUCCCGUUUCUUUUAUGUUUCUCUAAGAAAA